AUGUCUUCCUUUGUUUUAUCUUAUUACUUGCGUGUCUUUGUAGACCUUCUGUCCAGUGAAUUUUGGGGCUCAUGUUCAUCGGAUGAUCCUGUCGUACUCCGUCUCCAAGAGAAUCUAAAAUUCACGAUGCUGGCUUCUCGUGCUACUGGUACUGCACGCCUAUACCUACCUUUGUUCAAGAGAUGGAAAUCAUUUGCUGUUAACGUCCUACAUUUACAAGCCGUUUUUCCAAUAUCACCGUUGAAUAUGGCCCUCUUUCUCCAACACAUCUUAGAGUCCUCGUUCUCUGCAUCUGCAGUGAAUACAGCUUACUAUGCCAUCAAAUGGAUCCAUAAUCUGGCUAAUGUCCCAUCCCCUACAGAUGAUCCAGCGGUUACUUGCGUGAGAGAAGGUGCUGUUCGUAUCGCUAGCCGUCCAUUAGGUCAUCGUAAAGAACCCCUGGAAGUCAGCCAUCUACAGGAUUUGGCCUUUGUUUCGGACUUUAACGAUUUAUUGGAAGUUCGAAAUCUAACCAUGUUUGUUUUGUCUUUUAGCGGGUUCUUAAGAAGCGCGGAGGUGUUAGCGCUUCGCAGCAAGGAUGUGCACUUUAAUAAUGACCAUAUUUCAAUAUCUAUUGAGAAAAGUAAGACUGACCAAUUGAGGGAGGGACGUAAUGUUGUGAUUGCUAAGUCCAAUUCCUCUCUAUGCCCAGUAGACUUACUUAAAAAGUAUUUUUCAAUGGCUUUAAUUUGUCCUGAAUCUGAUGAAUACUUGUUUCGGCCCAUUACUACCUCCAAGAAAAUCAAGAAAUUAGUGACUAUCAAUAAACCUAUUUGCUACGCCACUUACAGAGAAGCUUUCAAGAAAGCUUUUACUAAUAUUGUUCCUGAUAUCGAACGUUUCAGCACCCAUUCUUCUAGGUCCGGAGGUGCAACUGCCGCAGCCAAUUCUGGUGUCUCCGAUAGAAACGUCCAGCGCCAUGGGAGAUGGAAAUCUGCCUCUYCCAAAGAUCGAUACAUUAAAGAUUCUCUUCCCUCUAGAUUGGACGUGUCCAAAGCACUGGAUCUCUGA